UGUUCUGCUACUCGCCGUCAGCAUAGUAAGAAGCCAAACGAACUAGAACGUCGUGUGAUGGCCCAGAGGGUUGGUACAGUUCGUCGGAAAGUCGAAUGUCGCAGAAUGUCCGACAUGGAGACCAUCCGGCUCGUGAAACUGUACCGGGCCAACCAGUGCCUCUGGAACCAUUCCCAUGUUCAUUAUAAGCUGAAAAAUCGGCGCAUCGAAGCGUACGAAAACCUGAUGGUGGAAAUGGACAUGGAAUCGGUAGACGAAGUCAAGAGAAAGCUCAAAAGCAUCCGUGACACAUACACGGGGGAGAAGCACAAAAUGCUGAAAUCCAAUUAUUCGUAUAAAACCAAACUGGUUUGGUAUCCGAUUUUGGAUGAGUUCAUUUCGAAAUGUGACAGUGGCCAGCCUGUAUCAAAAGCGUCGUCUCCGGAAGUUUCGAUGGAGUCGCCGAUUGUUUCGAGGCGAAAGCGAAAAUAUAAGUCUGACGAACGCUUUCAACCGACGCUGAGAAUGCCUCGACAAGAUCUAAGUGAUCCCCUACAACAGCACGACGUGACGGAUGAGUUUCACUAUUUUGGCCUCAGCAUUGCUAGCCAACUGAGAAGCAUGGCCCGAUUGGAUGCCUUGAUCCUGCAGGAUAGCUUACAGCGGAUUAUGUCAGCGAAAAGGAUCGAAAUUGCCAGGAGGGAUUUGACCGCUGAGAGUUCGGCAACGUCCGAGGCGGAUGAUAUUAUGAUUGAGAUUCCGCAAACGUUUUCCGAGUAUAGUCUUUUGCCGGAUUCGUCCAUCAACUACCGCGGUAACGAUGAGGCUGAAUAGAAACAUUUUGGAUCUCAAGCGAAUUUACGUACGCGAUUUUAUAAAACGUUCUACAAUUUAUUCACAAAC